AUAAUUAUGCUUUUUUUUCUUUAGUGAAAGAAAUGAUGUCUUAAGAGAAGCUGAAAUUUUACACAAAGCUAGAUUUAGUUACAUUCUUCCAAUUUUGGGAAUUUGCAACGAGCCUGAAUUUUUGGGAAUAGUUACUGAAUACAUGCCAAAUGGAUCAUUAAAUGAACUCCUACAUAGGAAAACUGAAUACCCUGAGGUUGCUUGGCCACUGAGAUUCCGCAUCCUGCAUGAAAUUGCACUGGGCGUAAACUACCUGCACAAUAUGAACCCUCCUCUGCUUCAUCAUGACUUGAAGACUCAGAAUAUCUUAUUGGAUAACGAAUUUCAUGUUAAGAUUGCAGAUUUUGGUUUAUCAAAAUGGCGCCUGAUGUCCCUGUCACAAUCACGAAGCAGUAAAUCUGCACCGGAAGGAGGCACAAUUAUCUACAUGCCACCUGAAAACUAUGAACCUGGACAAAAAUCAAGGGCCAGCGUCAAGCAUGAUAUAUAUAGCUAUGCGGUUAUCAUGUGGGAAGUCUUAUCCAGAAAACAGCCUUUUGAGGAAGUCACCAAUCCUUUGCAGAUUAUGUACAGUGUGUCACAGGGUCAUCGACCCGACACUAGUGAAGAAAGUCUGCCGUUUGAUAUACCUCACCGCGCAGUGAUGCUCGCUCUCAUCAAAGCUGGAUGGGCCCAGAACCCGGAUGAAAGGCCAUCCUUCUUAACUGCUACACCCACGCUCCAUCCUCCCUUCGAGCUGAUCCGGUUGUCACACUACGUGGAGAAAACACCACAAGAGGGUCCCCUCACACUUCCCCUGCCAGGUCUACAGACUGUACUCGUGUCCGCCAGGAAAUCACGUCUGCACACACUUCCCCUGCCAGAAUGUUUAAUAGAACUUGAACCAGUUCUGAGGACAUUUGAAGAGAUAACUUUUUUUGAAGCUGUUAUGCAACUAAAGAAAACAAAGUUACGGAGUGCUUCGAGUACUGUCCACUUACAUGACAAGAAAACGGAGUUAUCUCUGAGCGUCUCUCUAAAACAUGGUCCACAAGAGGAAUCGUGUGGAUCACUUCAGCCCCCUAAAAGCGGUGGUUCCCCCGGAACCUCCAGGUCCCUGUCAGCUCCUCAGGACAAUGAGCCUUCAUCCAGAAAAAGUCAAGACUUUAUGCAGCAUCACCAUCCGGCAAAUCACAGUUGGGACAGCAACAUGUCUGCGGCUCGGAGGACAGCACUCUGCGACCACAGGACCGCCCCGUGCUCCUUGGCAGCUGUAAAUCCACUCUCGGCCGAGGGACAUGCAGCCACGCGUCUAUCUUUCCCUUUGACUUGUCAUGCCUGCUCUUGCGCAGAGGGUUCACAGCCUGGCGUGGCCCAGCAGUGGGUCCAGAUGAAAAGAGAGGACAUUGUGAGCCAGAUGACCGAGGCCUGCCUCAACCAGUCGCUGGACGCCCUGCUGUCCAGGGACUUGAUCAUGAAGGAGGACUAUGAACUCAUUAGCACCAAGCCCACGAGGACCGCAAAAGUCAGACAGUUACUGGACACCACUGACAUCCAAGGAGAAGAAUUUGCCAGAGUCAUAGUACAAAAGCUGAAGGACAACAAGCAGAUGGGCCUUCAGCCGUACCCGGAAACCCUGACGGUUUCUCACCCGCUCUCUUUAAAUUUAUUUCAAAAUAAAAGCUUAUAGGUGACUCUUUUUCAAGAAAAAAGGUUCAUUUAUUAAAAAGUAUUUUAUAUUUCUCUCGCCCUGAUCAUAUUGUUUUUAUAAAAAUCCAUGUAUUAGAAGCUUUAGUGGAGUUUCUUUUCCAGGUAAAUAUCAGUCUCCCUCCGUGACAUUACAGUAUUUUUUUAAAUAGAGUAAAAAAGUUGGCAUUUUGCUACACAGUUCAA